UUUGGCAGUACCAACAAAUUAGUAUUAACAUCCAACAAAUUUAAAAUUUUUCCAAAAGAUUUACAUUGGAUUCGGGAAAGGAUAGGGAACUGAAAUCUCUGGGUGUACUUCGUUUUUUAAAGUCUGAGGGGAAUGGAAUCAUUGAAUGUAAUUCUGUUUUGUUCCUUUUGUGGAAUUUAAAGGUUUAUGUUCAAUGUUCUAAGAUGUUGGAUUUGUUGUGGGUCAGUAGCAGUGCAGAUAGUUCCAGUGGAAGAAAUCUGGAUACUGUCAUUCUGAAGAAGUAGAUACAUUUGCUGUAAUGGUGGUUUGAUGAUGAAGACCCAUUGAAGAAGAAUAAAGGACUGGGCAAUGGGGAAGGUGAUACUUACUUGGGUGUUGCUGCUGAUGCUUGCAUGUUGUGCAGGGUUCACGGGGGGAAGUGAAGUAGGACUGUGCUAUGGUCGAGCAGGGGAUGACCUUCCAACUCCUGACAAAGUAGCCCAGUUGGUGAAGUCAGUCUCUGUCAAGAAGAUAAGGAUUUAUGACUCUAAUGUGCAGGUCCUUCAGGCAUUCGCGAACACUAGCAUUGAGCUCAUGAUUGGGAUACCCAAUUCAGAUUUGUUGGCUUUUUCACAGUACCAAAGCACAGCAGAUACAUGGGUGACCAACAAUGUAUUACCAUACUACCCUGCCACAAUGAUCACUUAUGUAACUGUAGGGGCAGAGGUGACUGAGAGCACCAUCAAUGUCUCAUCCCUCGUUGUCCCAGCAAUGAAAAAUGUGCAUACAGCACUGAAGAAAGCCGGACUUGACACAAAAAUUAAGGUAUCUAGCACUCAUGCACUUAGUAUACUUUCCAGAUCAUUUCCACCCUCAGCAGGGGCACUAGACAGUAAGUAUGCAUUUUUCCUCAAGCCCUUGUUAGAAUUUCUUGGUGAAACGAAGUCCCCCUUCAUGGUAAAUGUCUACCCCUAUUAUGCCUACAGAGAUAACCCUCACCAGGUAUCUCUGGACUAUGCCUUAUUCAAACCCAAUGAUGGUGUUAUCGAUCCCAACACAGGCUUUGUCUACACCAAUAUGUUUGAUGCACAAAUAGAUGCCCUUUUCUUUGCUCUAGAAGCCCUCAAUUUUAGGUCACUUGGUGUAAUGAUAACUGAAACAGGGUGGCCCUCUAAGGGAGGCCGCAAAGAGUCUGCGGCAACUCCAGACAACGCUGCAACUUACAAUGCAAAUCUUGUCAGGCAUGUCAUUAACAACACAGGAACGCCCUCAAGGCCAGGGCAGGAGAUAGAUACAUACAUUUUUGCUAUCUUUAACGAGAACAGAAAACCUGGAGUGGAAUCAGAACGGAACUGGGGACUGUUUUAUCCUGAUGAAACGAAGGUCUACAAUGUAGACAUCAGUGGUACUGGGUUGCCUUCGCUGGCUGCAGGGGGUAACUUAACAUCUGUUGAUGGUGCUACUUGGUGCAUUGCUUCAUCUAAUGCCAAUGAAUCUGACUUGCAGAAGGCCCUGGAUUGGGCUUGUGGGUCUGGUAGUGUGGACUGUUCUCCAGUUCAACCAGGCCAACCUUGUUAUCAACCAGAUAACCUUGCUUCCCAUGCUUCCUAUGUUUUCAACAGUUAUUACCAGAACAAUGGGCAUUCAUCUGUGGCUUGCAAUUUUGGUGGAACAGGCAAUAUAACCACCAAUAAUCCAAAAGUGGCACAUCCAACACAACCAGCACUUCUUCCUCGUCUGCUAUGAAAUCAAACUCUGCUUCAUCAUGGUUAAUAGGAGAAGUAACAAUGCUUCUUUUAAUUCACCUUCUAGCAAUAGCAAAAUUGUUGUAAAUGGUCUAUCUUUACCAAGCCAAAAGCAUUGCUUAGUGCAUGGAAUUUUCUCCCAUGUUCAUGCAAUAAGUUUAGAUUCAUAGAGCCUUCAACAAGGUAAUUUUCUUUUGUAAAGUUAGUGUUCGAGAAGAUCGACAGUAUGAACAGAUUGAGUCAGCAGUACCUUUUUGUGAAGGCAAGGGAUUGAAUGCCCUAUUCAGGCUGUUGUAUGUACUAUUUAUUCAUUUCACAAGUGUAGAACAUUCAAAUCUAUGUUAAUACGAGGAUACAUAUAUUUCGCUUACAA